AUAAGAUUCAAUGGAAAUGUAGCACAUGCGAGUCGCUCAUGUGUGACAAGUGUAAGGAUGGGGUCCAUCUAAAGAUUGGGAAAGACCAUAAAAUUUUGAAUAUAAAUGACAUAGGAAAACAAGAGGUGUCAAAGGACACAAUUAUAUUCAGUGAAGUCAAAUGUGAUGAACAUUCUAACCAAGCUUGCUGUCUAUUCUGUAAAACUUGUAAUAAACUUAUAUGUCUCAAGUGUAUCACUAAAGUUCACAAUGGACAUGAGUUUAUUGAAGAAGAAGACUAUAAUAAAGGCAAAGUAGAACUGAAGCCAAAACAGAAGAGUGAAAUUAAGUUAGAAAUAUCCAAAGUUUAUACAACAGAUCUUAACAAUAUUCACUUUAUAGCCGUAUGUUCUGAUGGUUCUAUGUGGCUGGGGGAUAGUCUCAUAUCAAAGUUACAACAUGUCAAACUAAUUGGAAAUAGAACUGAAGUUAUAACAAGUCUAAACACUGAGAUUUAUGGAAUGGCUAAAACUGAUUCGAAUAACAUUCUUGUAAUAACAACAGGUGAGACUAAACUCCAACUAAUCAACACCAUGACAGGGGAGAUAACUGAUUCUAAGUAUGAUGUUAAACCAUUGGGUCCAAUCUGUGUCCAUGUGACCAGUGAUCACAGAGUCAUCAUAGGAGCCUGGUCUGGAGGAAGGUUAUUACCUGUCACAGGAAGACGUGUAGUGGUGGUAAUGGAUCAGAAAGGAAAACAACUCGAGGAAUAUGAACAUGACAAUCAUAACAAACCAUUAUUCACCUACCCUUCAUGUGUAACUACUACCAGUAAUGGUAACAUCUGUGUGGUGGAUAUAUUAGAUGAUGAUGGCAGAGGUAGAGUGGUAGUGUUAUCACCAGGAGGAGACAUUCUAGACACUUACACUGGUCACCCUAAGGUUAACACUGAGGAGAAACCAUUUGAACCUCGUGGAAUACUAACAACACCAUCAGAUAAUAUUAUUGUUACUGAUGUGGUCAAUCAUUUAUUACAUAUACUGACUGACCAAGGACAAAGUAUUACCUACUACAAUCUCCAUGACAUGGGGAUCUUACUUCCAUUCUCCAUAGCUCUGUCUAUGACAGGAACUAUUUAUAUAGGAUGUGCUAAUAUGAGAGGAAGUCCAGACACAACAAAGGCCAAACUUUAUGAGUUAAAAUAUUCUGAAUUCUAGUGAUUUUCCUUGCUCUCUCUACCUCAGGAACUAUUUAUAUAGGAUGAAUAAAAUUGAGAUAGGAAGUCCAAAUAUCACAAAGGCCAAACUUUAUGAGUUUAACUUUUCUGGAUUCUAAAGAUUUCCCUUGUUUUGUCUACAUACAGAACUAUCUACUGUGAAAGUACUUUUAUUCGUGGGGUACCAAUUUUCGUGGUUUUCGUGGAUGACUUUAUCCACGAGUUUAAGUGUCCAACGAAAUAAAACAACCAUUGUCCAAAUCAAGACAUGGAAAGAUCCCCAUGAAGGUUUGACUACUGAUAUGAUCUAGAGAAAAUGUUGAAUAACCUCGAAUCUGAGAAUUCUUUUAUAGCAGUCACAGGAAUACAACUGCAUGCAAGGCUUAUAACCAUUUAAUCUUUAAUAACCUAAACUGUACAACUUUUAAUCUUGUAAUUCUUUUUUCGAUGAAAGUCAAAUUUCCGGUAUUGAUAUGCAAGUAUGAUAAAGUGUUCAUUUUAUAUCCUCUUAGUUCUCGUACAUAUGGAAAAUAAUAAUUUCAUGAUGGGCUUGAUUUUGAUAAAAUUUAUAUGACAAUUCAAGAUAUGUUUAUAAGAUAUGUUUAUGAUACUGAUUUCUUUGGGUGACAUGUUUAUGGCCUAAUUAACACUUUUGAUGGUUCUUAUUAUAAUUUGUUGAUCACUUUAUCUUGGGUUAAUUAGAGUUGUCACUACGAUUUACAUUUACAUGGGUCAAUGUUUACUUUGCAAUUUCCUUCAAUCCAGACCAUUUGUCACCUUCGUUUCUAAAGGUUUUAAUUUUUCAAAUUUUGUUUUUAGAAAACUAAAAUCCACGAAUUAAAAAACCCACGAACAUGUAAAAAUUUCUCAAACCACGAAAAUUGAUACCCACGAAUUAAAGUACUUUCACAGUAUAUGGGAUUUUUUAGUGAACAACAAAGUAAAAAAAAAUAUACAAUUUUAAUGUAAUUCUGGAUUCUAGUGAUUUCCUUUGCACAUCAACCUUUCUAUAUUUAUUGUGUUAAUGAUAGCAUGAGUUUGAAAAGGCUGGAUUCUAAUGAUUAAGGAUUUGAU